AUGAUUCUGGAAGAUUUCUCAACAGAAAUCAUGUUUGAAAUCAUCAAGCUGUUGUCAUAUCGAGAAAGACGAAGUUUGAAACUUUGCUCAAAGAAGUUGUUCACGUUAUCUACAGAAGCUCCCGUCGAUUUUGCAGUAGUCAAAUUCGACGAAUCAACUAAUCUUCUUGAAUCAGAUGAUCUUGAAAUGGACGUGAUGCAACUUCAUCUGGAUGAAUCCGAAAUCAGUUUUAUGGGAUCGAGGGUUCAGGAGAACGUCACACUCAUUCGUUGUUGCUCUGAAAGAGACUUUGGCAGAAGUGAGCCAAGGUUUAUAACAGAAAACUCAGACUCUCGAAGCAUCGAAAAACAGUAUCUUCGAAACAUCGUCUUCAGAAAAAACGUGAUAUGUGAUCGUUUCGAGACAAACUAUCGGUACAAUGACAACUUUUUGGAAGAGUCGGAGAAAAUCAAUGCAAGAAAUCUUUAUGUUUAUAAGCCAUUUCGACCUGAAAAUAUCGAACCUUCUGAGCCUUCGAAGACAGUUGCCAUGUGGCUGAAGCACAUGAAUCCACGUUUUAUCCGAUCGGUGACUGUUUACAUGGACGACAAGAAUAUCACAUUAGCUGGCACUGAAAAUGAGCUCAAAUGUCUAGACACACUUCAUGUACUUCGCCGAAGUGACUUAGAUGAUAAUAUUUUGAUGAAUUUGAAAGCUUUGGAUAUAGAAUUAGAACCAGCAAAUAUCACAGUCAAUGGAAUUAAUCAUAUUGUUCAGGUAACGACUACUGUAAACUUUCCAAUUCAAUAUAAUUUCAGAAAUGGGUAUUUGAAGGAGUACCAAUUGGAUCUCGAUUCGUUUAUUAUGUCGAUGAACCUGGUUAUGAAAUAA